GACGUAGUUCCGCACAUGUGACGUACUGUCAUGGAAGCCCCCACGCGUGAAAUGAAACUCUGAAAGCACUUACAGGGUGUACGGACUUUUUAAAGAUUCCUGGCUUUUUAAAAUAGCACAUAUGAGAUAUUUACUCCGACUCGGGCAUUCGUUUGCCCGGCCUUGUGUCCGGUUAUGUCAUCAGAGUGUUUAUAGCAGCCACUCACACCCCCAAAAAAUUACUGUGGACCUUGGUGCAAAGAAGCUUGAGAUCUCCUCUGGGAGAUUUGCCAGAUUUGCUGAUGGGUCUGCUGUUGUACAGCUUGGGGAUACCUCUGUAAUGGUGACAGCUGUGAGCAAAGUCAAGCCAUCCCCAUCUCAGUUUAUGCCUCUUGUGGUAGACUACAGACAGAAAGCAGCAGCUGCAGGGAGAAUCCCCACAAACUAUUUGAGACGAGAGCUUGGAACUACAGAUAAUGAAAUCCUGACCAGUAGAUUAAUAGAUCGCUCUAUUAGACCACUGUUCCCUCCUGGUUACUUUUAUGAUACACAGAUUCUUUGCAAUCUGCUGGCUGUGGAUGGUGUCAAUGACCCUGAUGUGCUUGCUAUAAAUGGAGCUUCUGCUGCUUUGGCACUGUCUGACAUCCCCUGGCAUGGGCCAGUUGGUGCUGUGCGAGUAGGAAUGGUAGAUGGGGAGUUACUGAUCAACCCAACGCGGGCAGAGAUGACUUCCAGCACGCUUAACCUUAUCGUGGCUGGAGCUCCAAGCAGUCAAGUUGUGAUGAUUGAGGCAUCCGCUGAGAAUGUCCUACAGCAGGACUUUUGCCAUGCUGUGAAAAUAGGAGUUAAACACACUCAGCAGAUUAUUCAGGCUAUUCAACAGAUGGCAAGAGAGCGGAAGAUCUCCAAACGGGUACCUCUUAAAAUGUUCUCUGCCCCAGACGAGAUGGUGGAACAAGUGCAUCUAGUUUCAGCUGAAAGAAUUUCUGCUGUUUUUAGGGACCAUAGCCAUGAUAAGAUUUCUAGGGACGAAAGCAUUAACAAAAUCCGACUAGAGACUGAGGAAAUUUUAAAAGAAAAGUUUCCUCAAGCAGAGCCAUUUGAAAUAAUAGAAUCUUUUAAUGUUGUUACCAAAGAAAUAUUUCGCAAUUUGAUUUUGAAUGAAUAUCAGAGGUGUGAUGGGAGAGAUUUGACAGCUCUAAGAAAUAUUUCUUGUGAUGUUGACUUGUUUCAACCACUUCAUGGUUCUGCUCUGUUCCAGAGGGGGCAGACACAGGUCCUUUGCAGUGUCACUUUUGAUUCCUUAGAAUCGAGUGUUAAACCUGACCUCAUCACAACAGCCUUAAGUGGCAUUAAAGAUAAGAAUUUUAUGCUCCAUUAUGAGUUUCCGCCGUAUGCAACUAAUGAGAUUGGGAGGACGGGGGGGCUCAACAGACGAGAGCUCGGCCAUGGUGCCUUGGCUGAGAAAUCUUUACGUCCAAUAAUUCCUAAAGAUUUCCCAUUUACAAUAAGAGUUACAGCUGAAGUUCUUGAGUCUAAUGGGUCAUCAUCAAUGGCUUCUGCAUGUGGAGGUAGUCUAGCUUUGAUGGAUGCAGGUGUGCCCAUUUCAUCAGCUGUGGCCGGUGUAGCUAUUGGGCUAAUAUCAAAACCUAACCCAGAAAAAGCAUCUGAAAUUGAUGACUACAGACUGCUAACAGAUAUUCUUGGGAUAGAGGAUUAUCUUGGAGACAUGGACUUUAAACUUGCUGGAACAAACAAAGGCAUUACUGCUUUACAGGCAGAUGUAAAGAUUCCCGGGCUGCCUCUUAAAGUGGUUAUGGAGGCAAUCCAGCAAGCAACAGUUGCAAAGAGGGAAAUUUUGGGAAUCAUGAAUAAAUGUAUAGCCAAACCCAGGGAGAAAAGGAAAGACAACGGGCCUGUUGUUGAAAAUGUGAGAGUGCCUGUCUCCAGAAGAGCUAGAUUUGUUGGUCCUGGAGGAUACAACCUUCGUAGACUGCAAGCUCGAACAGGUGUCACAAUAAGUCAAAUAGACGAAGAGACAUUUUCAGUAUUUGCACCAACACCAGGAGCAAUGCAUGAAGCACAAGAUUUCAUCAGUGAAAUCUGCAAAGAUGAUCAAGAACAGCAGUUGGAGUUUGGGGCUGUCUACACGGCCACCAUAACUGAAAUAAGGGACAUUGGUGUAAUGGUCAAACUCUAUCCAAAUAUGAGUGCUGUCUUACUUCAUAACUCACAGUUGGACCACAAACGGAUAAAGCAUCCAAGUGCAUUGGGGCUUGAGGUGGGACAACAGAUCCAGGUCAAGUAUUUUGGACGGGACCCCACAGACGGCAGAAUGAGGCUUUCUCGUAAAGUCCUUCAGUCUCCUGCUGCAACUGUUGUCAAAACAUUGAGUGAAAAACAAAGUAUCUCAAUGGGAAUGAACAAUAGUUCCAAUUCAUGACAAAGUAAAACAAGCUGUUGAUUUUAAACCAAGACUGUAUAGCCACUAUAACCGCAGAAAGCAUUUGUACGUUUAAACGGUUUACAUAUGAGAAACUCUGGUCUACUCUACUGAAUAUGUAUGUCUUCAAGUUGAUUUGGAGAGAUUUUGAACAGCAAGAUGAACAUGACAACCUGUUUUUGUCAGUACCUCCACAAUACAAAUAGGCAUACAUUUCAUCAAACAAUUUGCAGCACAUCAGAAAUUCUUAUGGGUGCACAUACUAUUUGUCUUAUUUGUAAAUAAAGCCAUCUAUCUAGAAGUGUUUAAUUUUGUUUUGUGUGAUUGACCUUCACAACAAAGUAAUAAAUGUUGCCAUAGUCUAAUUGUUGAGCCAUGGGUAAAAAACAAAGAGGGGUUGAGUGGAAGAGCAGGAAAUAAAAUGAUAAGAAAGGAA